AGAUCUAGAAAUGGCAAUUGCAUAUUGGAAUUUAGUAUUGUCAGGAAGGUUUAAAUUUCUAGACCUUUGGAAUAAAUUUUUGUUGGAACAUCAUAAAAGAUCAAUUCCAAAAGAUACUUGGAAUCUUUUGUUAGACUUUGGAAAUAUGAUUGCAGAUGAUAUGUCCAACUAUGAUGAAGAAGGAGCGUGGCCUGUUCUCAUAGAUGAUUUUGUGGAGUACGCGCGACCAGUAGUCACAGGAGGAAAACGUAAAACUUCCUAACCCCAAACCUGUCAAUACGGACUAAAGGUGCGCUCUGAACUGCAUUAGGUAACGAGGGUUUGUUGACUGAUAACUGUGCACACGGUUGCUGGUUUCAGUGGCCGUGAGGAGAUUCUGCAGGCCAAACUGAAAUUCUUCCUUUCUGUCUAAAGGAAUAUGUGGCGACUUGUGGACACUUUAAGUACAAACUCAGAAGAUAGUCCAGGCUGUUUGUAGGCUACUGGCUUCAAUUAUUGUACUGGUUGUAUCAUAGAGGAUGUAGGUUUUUGCAUGAUUUUAUACUUUGGAGAACUAGAGGCCGUUUUAUUAAAGUUUUGACAGCACAGCAUGCCGUUCAAGUUCAUGAUCCAAAGCGAACACCAGCAGUUACAUAAAUAAAACUGUAUUAUAUUGUACUUAUAUCAAAAGCAGUAUUUGUGGUAUAUAAAUGAAAUCCCUAAAUAAAACUUA